UUAAGUAUAAUUCCAUUCUACCAAACAUGAACAAUCGACGCUUGACGGAUCUACCACCGAUCCAUAGAUCCCUACCUUCACCUGUGAGGGGACGUAGCAUGUUAUAGAAUUGGGGUCAAAUACAGUCUUUGCCGGGUCUCUGUGACGAACGGAACGGCUCGGCCAACAUAUUUCAAGUCUCUCUUUCUCAUUUUUCAACUCGCUAAAAACUUUAAACCGAUUGGAACGAUUAUAGUCACGUUAACAGAAAUGCAAACAAAAAAAAUGAUGUAAUACAUAUCGUGUGUUUUAUACAGUGAAAUGUGCCGCAUAGAUAAAUAAUAACAGGAGAAAAGAACGGCGAGAAAGUCGAUAAAAGAAAAAUAAUAAUCCAAUAAUAAUCCGCGUCCACUUAUUAAAUCGAAAGCAACUAACGGUAGUGAGAAUAGUAGUGUGAAAGUGUUUCAAUUUUCGGAAUGUUAAUUAUUAAAUGUCGGAAUGUACAUUAUUAAAAUGCAAGAUGCUAUAAGAUCUCUUUUGUAACGGCGGCACGAACUAUUAACUGCGAUGUAAAGAUGACGACCGUCCAUGCUGUGAUUUAUCACAUUUUACAAUCGGAAGUUCUCUUCCAACGUUAGCACCAUCGUAUAAUCAAUACCAAACCCAUCAUCAAUAAUUCAGGAAGAUGCGUAAAAAUCCGAAAAUUCAGUCAUUGAUCGAACAUUCGACGCCGUUUCGCAAAAUGGUGCAGCAAGAGGCGGUGGUCGUAAGAAACGCUAUAAAGCGUUAUGGGAAAAAACAAUUAGUGCUCGAUGGCCUAAAUAUGACUGUUUCGAGAGGUUCCAUAUACGGGCUAUUAGGAGCCAGCGGAUGCGGCAAGACCACCCUGUUGUCCUGCAUCGUCGGUGUUCGAUAUCUCAACAGCGGAGAGAUAUGGGUCUUGGGGGGAACUCCUGGCAACAAGGACUCCGGGAUCCCUGGGCCUCGAGUGGGUUACAUGCCGCAGGACAUCUCCUUGGUCGGGGAAUUUACCGUGAACAGUGCCCUUUAUUACUUCGGCAGAAUCAACGGGCUCAGCGACGAAGAGAUUGACACGAGACAGGGGUUCCUUUCGGAGUUGCUGCAACUACCCCCGACAAAUCGCCUGAUAAAGAACAUGAGUGGAGGUCAGCAGAGGAGAGUUUCCUUUGCCGCCGCGUUGCUUCACAGGCCCGAACUUCUAAUUCUGGACGAACCCACCGUAGGCCUGGACCCAAUUUUGAGGGAGAACAUUUGGGCCUACCUGAUCAAGAUCACGCGAGACGAAGGUACCACUGUGCUGAUUACAACGCAUUACAUUGAAGAGGCUAAAGAUGCUAAUAAAAUUGGUUUGAUGAGAGAUGGUAAAUUAUUGGCAGAAUCAGCGCCGCUGAAAUUAUUAGAACGAUUUCAAUGUUCCUCCUUGGAAGAGGCUUUUUUAACAUUGUGCCAGGCACAGAACAAUAUGACUACUUUGAAUGAAACUCAAGAACCUAAAACGGAAGAUACUGCCUCGUAUCAGAAUCAAAAUAGACAAACAGAAGAACACUGGAAAGCCAAAGCGAUUUCAAGAUGUAAAGUUUCACCAUUAAAAAGGUUCAAAGCUCUGAUGUCAAAAAAUAGCAUUCAAUUUUUGCGUUAUUAUUCAGGAAUAGUUUUUGCAGUGAUAUUUCCAAUACUCCAAAUCGCUUCAUUUUUCAUUGGAAUUGGUGGCGAUCCGAAAGAUUUGUUUAUCGGAGUUAUCAAUGAUGAAGCUGGUAAUUGUGAUAACGGCAAUAAUUUGGGCAACAUAUGGAAAGACGAAUUCUCUUGUUACUUUGGCAAUCUCAGCUGCAGGUUUCUACAUCGGUUUAAUCACUCUAUUGCAAAACAGGAGUAUUACGACGACGUAUCCGAAGCAACUCGCGCUGUACAGAAUGGAAGACUCAGCGGUGUGAUAUAUUUUAAUCAAAAUUUCUCCUAUGCUCUGCAGACGCGAUUGGAGGACAUUAGUUUUGUGACAGAUUCUGUUCUCUCUUCCAGCGAGAUUCAAGUUUCCCUCGAUAUGGGCGAUAGGCAAAUCGGACUCAGUCUACAGAAACAGUUAUUUGAGCGUUUCUUGGACAUUUGUAAGGAAAUUAUGAAGGAAUGCAAUUAUUCGUCAAAAUUAAUUGAGCCUCCUGUUCGAUUUGAAAAUCCCAUUCAUGGUACGAUGGAUCUCAAUUAUUUAGAUUUCAUGAUACCAUCAUUUAUGCUAACACUUGGCUUCUUUCUGGCUACCACAAUCUCUACCACCUUAAUAAUCACAGAUCGAUCGGAGGGUGUUUGGAAUCGAAGCUUAGUUCAAGGAGUUAAAACAGUAGAAAUUCUGAUGUCUCAUAUCCUUACUCAGAGCAUCCUCCUAGUCAUCCAUACCUCAAUAACAAUGUGCAUAUUCUUUGCAAUAUAUAAUUUGGAAUGUAAGGGAUCGACAGUCACCGUAUUCAGCCUCCUCUUUCUCAGCAGUUUUGUUGGAAUGAUGUAUGGUUUCUUUAUCUCUGUUAUGUGCAAAAAUCAUACUAUGGCGAAUUACAGUUCAGCCGGAAGCUUCUUCCCGUUAAUACUGCUCAAUGGAUGUCUAUGGCCGCUAGAAGGAAUGCCAAAUAUGCUCCGUUGGUUUAGUUAUACUCUACCGACUACUUUGCCCUCCAUAUCCAUGAGAGGAAUCAUUUAUAAAGGUUAUUCUAUAUCUGAGCCGGAAAUUUAUAUUGGUUUUUUAGUAACUUUAGGGUGGAUAUUGUUUUUUUUAUUGUAACUGUAAUUGGUAUACGUUCAAAAGUCUCGUGACAUUAUUUAGAAAAAAGUAUUUUUUUUAAAGAAAGAUAAAGUGCCUUUAUAUAGUUACAAUAUUCAGUUAGAUAUAUAAAUAUGUAAUAUAUUUUAGUUGAUUUGUUUUAAAAUAUUUU